GCUGCAAUAUAGAAAAGGCCCCCUUCCCCAUCGACGCUCAUGUCCCUGCUCCGGGGCUUCUCUCUUCUUCUCUUUGCUUUUGGUUUCCCAAGCAAGGUCAAACAGGCACUCUCGCCUUCAAUAUCCCCCCCCCUUCCCUCAUUCCUUGUUGUCAAGAGAAAAGCUCCCCUUUUGACCUAUAACCCUGUCUCGUUGGGUUUCCAAAGUCAAGCCAACCCGGACCCCAUAAGUCAACACAGGAUGGCUUCCAUCGAGCCGCAGCCCGGCCGCCAAGAGGCUGGCGCCGACAUCGAAAAGUCCCAUGCCAUCGACAAUGGCGUCAGGGAGGUCGACGAGAAGCAAGCUUCCGACGUCGACAGCGAGGUGUUCCAGCCCGGUGUCCAGCGCGUCAGAGCCGUCACCUCCGUCUGGACCAAGAAGACCAUGAUCAUCAUGUUCUGCCUCCUCUAUCUCGUCUCCUUCGUCGAUGCGCUCCUCCAGUCCGUCCAGGGCAACCUGAACGCCUUCAUCACCUCCUCAUUCAGCAAGCACGGCCUCCUCGCCAUCGUCAGUAUCUUCGCCACCAUGCUCUCGGGAUGCUGCCAGCUGGUCAUUGCCAAGAUCAUCGACAUCUGGGGCCGCUCCGAAGGUUUCGGCAUCCUGAUGCUGUGCAGUCUUGUCGGCAUGAUCCUGAAGGCGACGUGCCAGAACAUGGAGGCCUACGUGGCCGGGCACACCAUCUACUACGUCGGCCACUUCGGCAUGGUUUUCGUCAUCGACAUCAUGCUCGCCGAUAUGACCUCGCUCAAGAACCGCAUGAUCAUGUUCGGCAUCAACGGUACCCCGACCAUUGCGGUGACGUUUGCCGGCCCCCGCAUCUCGGAGCUCUUUUACACCUACUCCAACUUCCGCUGGGCGUUUGCCGCCUUCGCCAUCAUCCUCGUCGGCCUCUGCGCCCCCGCUCUCCUGGUCAUGUUCUUGAUGCAGCGCAAGGCCGAGAAGGCCGGCCUCCUCGAGAAGACGCGUGUGACGUCCGGCCGCAACCACUGGCAGGGUUUCUGGUACUACUUCAUCCAGUUUGACAUGAUUGGCAUCAUUCUCCUCUGCGCGUUCUUCGUCCUGCUUCUGCUUCCUUUCAGCAUCAUCUCGUACGCAUCCAACGGCUGGAAGAGCGCGCACAUCAUUGCCAUGCUCGUCAUCUCCAUCCUCUGCGUUCCCGUUCUGUACAUCUGGGAGAAGAAGUUCACUCCCGUGCCCUUCAUCAAGUACAAGUACCUGAAGGAAAGGACCAUCAUUGGAUCUUGUCUCCUUUACGGCAUUAUGUUCAUUUCCAUCUUCACCUGGGAUGCGUACUACCAGUCCUACCUGCUUGUCGUCCACAGGCAGAGCAUCACUCACGCCGGUUACAUUCUCAACGCCUUCUCCCUGACCUCGUCCUUCUUCGGUCCCCUCUACGGUCUGUUGAUCCGCUGGACGGGCGACUUCAAAUACACCGGUCUUGCCGGUGUCCCCUUCGUCAUCCUGGGCACGGCGCUGCUGAUCCCCUACCGGUCGCCCAGCGCCCCCGUGGGUGUCCUCGUCGUCCUGCAGAUGCUCAACGGUGUCGGAACCGGUAUCUGGGCCGCGUGUGGUCAGAUCUCCAUCAUGGCCGUCACCACCCACCAGGAAAUCGCUUCCGUCAUGGCCAUCUGGAAUUUGUUUGGCUCCAUUGGCGCCACCGUUGGCUAUGCCAUCGCCGGUGGCCUGUGGAACAACAUCAUGCCUUCGGCCCUCAACAACAACCUGCCCGACUACGCCAAGAACAGAACCGCCGAGAUCUUUGGCAGCGUCGAGAUCCAGAUGUCCUUCCUGGACGGUGAUCCGAUCCGCGACGCCAUUGUCGCCUCAUACGCCGAUGUCCAGCACAAGAUGGUUAUCACUGGUGCAUGCUUCGUUCCUCUGUGUCUCGCCUGCGUCCUCGCCUGGAAGCGGAUUAACAUCAAGAAGCUUGAGGAGGAGAAGGGCACUCAGACCAAGGGACAGGUGUUUUAGACGCACACUCUAUCUCCCGAGCCGUUAAUCACGCCGUGUUCGGAGGUUAAACCGAUUGCAGCUGGGUCAUUCAUCAUCCCCGUAGCAUCGAAGCAGCGCGGGAGCAGGAGUUUCUAGGGAGCAGAGCAUCUCUAGUCUCUGCGCGUCGAAUGCGAACUGCAUCUUUACCAGCUCAUUCCCUCUAGUUGGGCUGAUAUACGUAUACUUAAUCACAAGGGCAACCCGCCAGUGCCCUGACAAUAGUACUUUUUUCAGAUGUUUGAAGCUAUAUCCAUGGGAACAAUAUACCUCAUUGCGUGGCGAGCAUACUUCCCCAACGACGAAAUGCACAUAACGUCUGAUGUGUAUUGUUUCUAGCUUGAUUAAAUGGCCCUUGUGGUUUCCGGGGCACAUUUUCCUUUCUAUAUGACCC